AUCCGGUAGACUGUUCUCAAAAAUAAACAGACAGGCCAAGUCCACAGUUAAUCAAGGAUUAAAGGUCAAGAAGCAUGCGUCAAUGAAUGGAGCUGGAGAUGUCCCUUAUACCAAUUCUAAUCACAAUCAAUGCAAGCAGAACCUCAACCAGCACAACCAGCACAGUCUCAACCAGCACAAUCAGCACAAUCUCAACCAACACAAUCAGCACAAUCUCAACCAACACAAUCUCAAUAAUGAGACCAAUCCAGUUGAUUUUGAUCACAAUGUACUCACAUCUUUCCCUCAACUGGACAUUCUAUGCAUCCAAGAAACAUGGAACAAGGGUGCUGCGAGAUCUUUUGCCCGAGAGCUUCAUCGGUAUUUCCCAUUCAUCAUUUACGAUGCAUAUGUGCACGGUUGGACAAUCAACAAGCUUUCUGGUACAAGUGGGAUAAUGAUUGCCAGCAAGCAUCCAAUUCUUGAUGCAAAGUUUGAACAUUUCAAGUCAAGCGUAUCUCAGGAUGUUCUUUCAUCUAAAGGUCUACUCAUGGUAAAGGUUGAUCUUGGGUUAAAGUCUGGUACAAACAAGAGAGUGGUUGGUUACGCUUCAACUACACAUAUGCAAGCCUACCAGAACCAACUACAAGAAUCUGAUUCUGACACUGUUCACCACCAACAAUUAAGUGAAGUUGCAUCCUGGACACGGUGUUUCCGUGACAACACAUUCAGUCCUGAGUCUGAGAUCAUUGCCUUUGAUGUGCUUACUGGAGACUUCAACCUUGACAACAUGUCACCUGUUGACAAGGAAGAUUAUGAACAUACUUUGUUUGACGACUAUAGAGAUGUUGUACGAAUACGACCAGGUUUAGAUCAUCCAUGGUCCAAAGGUACUGAAAUGCGCCACAUUCCACUCUAUGAUACGCAAGUGUCUACUGCUGAAGGGCUCAAAGAAGCUCUAGAAGACCCAUACAUGCUACAACAUCAUGUGCUUGAUGCAGAUGUGGAGAGUGCUACACUAGAUAUGUGCACUUGGAUGCCAAAGAGGGAUGAUAAUGGUAACCCUAUACUCUCCAAGGUUGGUGGACGUAGGAGAAUUGACUAUCUUCUCUACAGGAAUGAAGACAAUCUGAGGGUGACCAGCUACAACUUUGUGACACAAUUAGCAAAACUAACUGAUCACAUCCCAGUGAGCUUCACUUUUUCAAGUGAUAUGUCAUAAACUAAGAGACCAUAUCCCAGUGAGCUUUACAUUUGCAAAUGACAUAUCAUAAACUAAGAGACCAUAUCCCUGUGAGCUUUACAUUUGCAAAGGACAUAUCAUAAACUAAGAGACCAUA